CAUUCACUUGCUCACGUUUGGAGCUUUGUUGUGAUGAAUCCAAACAGGAAGUGCUCCUCCUGUUGCGGGUGACUGCGGGAGCGAAGGCCAGACAAGAGGGAGAGGCUGCAUCCUACUUACUGCUGCCAAACAGGUCCGUAACGAUGGAAGUGGAUCUCAGCGGAGUGUCGAGGGCUCACGUUUCCAUUCUACCCGCAGCUGAGAUCAAAGCUACGUUGAAAGCGGAGGCGGAAAGACCUCGUUGCGCCAGCACGCCAUGCUCCCCCAUAAGAGGUACUGUAGCAGGAUACCAGAUCCUCCACAUGGACUCAAACUACCUGGUGGGCUUCACAACAGGCGAGGAGCUGCUCAAACUGGCGCACAAAUGGUCAGAAAGCUCCCCCGACAAGAGUUUGUUGUCAGAGCCUGUGCCCAGCCCCAUCCAGACAGGUGCCUCCAAAUCUUUAGAUUUGGGCAUCCACCGCUCGUCAAGAAUCUUUAAAGCCAAAAAUCGCUACUACCAGCCUUACGACAUUCCUGCUGCUAACGGUCGGAGAAGGCGGCGCAUGCCCAGUUCGAGUGACACCUCCCUCAGGUCCAUGACGACAGGGGAUCACGGGAGGGGCGUGCACGCACCGCUACCCCUGUGUCGCCUUAAAGGGAAGAGGACCCAGUCCAAGUCUUUGGACUACCUUAAUCUCGACAAAAUCACGAUCAAAGAAUCAUCGGACACUGAGGUGUUACAAUACCAACUGCAGCACCUCACCUUGCGGGGAGAGUGCAUGUUCACUCGAAACAAAACUUAAAAAGCACAGAAGAUGACAUCAUUUAGGCGCCUUUCACACCGCUCGGGGGAUAUAGGUGCUCUUCUCCGUGCGCUCGGAUUAGGAACAGUUCUCUGACAAGACGGCCUGAUAAUCGUGCUCUCUUAUUAACUGGGAUUAAACCCUGCACUGAACACGUAACAUUGAAAGAGAACCCUUUUUAAGUACAGGUACUCGCACUGUUUUGAGAUGGUGGAGGUCAAAAUGUGAAUGAUAUCUUAGCAAUAACUGGUUUUACCUACUGUAUUGAUUACGGCUGAUGCAUGCACAUAUCACGUUGUAUCAGUUUUAAAUUACAAUCAUGCCAGUUUAACUGCCUAAUGUGAUCUCUCAAAAGUGGUGAUUUUUCUCUUAAUAUGACCCAGGGGACGACUCUCAAAUUAACAUGAGCUAUCGUGUGUCUUCUAUUUGUUUUCGAGAAAUUGUUUAUUUCAUCGUGUCAAUUUAAUAGUUGUGUUACUACCACUUUCAUGCACCCUGUAACCUGAUCACACGAUAAGCUGUGCACUGUAGUAACCGCCGUCCCUGAAAGGGUUAAAGCACUUCCCCGGAGAUGUACACGUUUGAAGAUUUUGUGGUACACGAUUAAGAAUCUGUUUACGAAGACGAAUUUCAAUAUCAAAUUCAUUCACCUAAUCACCGCUUGAAUGUUGUGCAUUUAAAAAAAAAAAAAAGACCGCUCCUCCUCAAACAGAUAUUCAGAAUGAAUUGAUUGAUCAAUUUAAAUCAGACUGCUGAAGCCUCACUUGAGCCUCAGCUGAGGUUUAGAAUGAAUUGUUUUUCUUCGCAAAUGUCAUGAUAUCACACUGUCAUUCCAUACAGCUAAAAUGGUGAAAAUUCAGAGUACUCAUGGGACUGGAUUCAUUUUACAUGCUGGAGAUAAUCAAUAUCGGGCAUAUUUAAGUGCAAAACCACUUCAAGAUCUGCAUAUCUGUUUAGUACUUAGCGCUUUGCUUGCGAAUAUGGUGGGGAAAUACCAUGUUUGGAUGUGCAUUAUUUAUCACUGGCCCAGCGCAGGAGAAAUUAUGUAUGUUUUCAUGACUGGGGUUUUUUUGUUUAAAACUUAACAGAAAAUACGUUUUCUGUCCCUGAUGGCACUGCAGUCAAGAACAGUUGUGAAUCUUUUUUUUUGUGUGUGUGUGGGUUUGUGUGCGUGUGUCAGCACCAAAAAUCGCACACUUUGCUGCUUUAUUUAACUUUGGCAAGCCAUGGGGACACCUUCAGUCCUGGAGAAAUACAGUUUUUGUACACUUUUUGAGGUUUUGUGUUGUUUUUCUGCAUGUUUUAAUUGUUUUACUUUGAAAUGGAACCAUUAUUUUUUUUGCAUCAUAACAGAUCAUCUCCAGCCCGGGAUGUGAUAUGCAAUAUAAGUCAUCCAAUAUUUCUUUUUUUUUUUUAUUCAAAUAACUCAUGGACAUUAUAUUAAUUGACAAAUGACAAUACAUUCAAAGGGUGUACAAACCAGACUGUAGUGUGUACUGUGUAUAAACUCACCUCUUCUCUCUCUGUUGUUUCCACUCACCAAUCACAUGUACUGUCCACUUGAUGUGAACCAAUGACUGUUAUAGUACUAAUUAAAGCUUAUUGCAAUCCAAGAUGACAGGGAA